ACACAAGGACGCAUACUGGUGAAAAACCAGUCAGCUGCGAAAUAUGUGGAAAACAUUUUAGUUCUCGAGAGAAUGUAAAACUACAUCAACGCACGCAUACGGGGGAAAAACCGCACAUUUGUUUGCAAUGUGGAAAAGGCUUCACCCAGAGAACUUCCUUGGUCUUUCAUAUGCGAUACCACACUGGGCAACGACCAUAUCAAUGUUUAAUUUGCAAGAAAGGAUUUGUCUCCAACACAUUCCUCAAGAAGCACCAAAAAACCCACAGCACCAGUGGUCCACCGAUCAUAUUCAGUUUGAUGAAACCGAGUUUAAGAUGAAGCUCGAGAACGACCCUAUCUCCACCGAAGUAAAAAGAUUCUUGCUGCUCGCAAAUAAUGAGAAGUUAGCGGUAUUUGAAGAUGAAGCAGCUGGGGAGGUAGUUGUGAAUCAGGUGAUGGUGAGCAGAGUUGAGAAAUCGGAGAAUGCAACAUCAAUGCCUAAAGUUGAACCGUCGAAGAAUACAAAAAAGUCGGCCAAGUGUCACAUCUGUGAUAUUGAGCUGAAUUACGAAAUACGAAUGAUUGAACAUCUCAACAUAGUGCAUGGGAUUGCGAAGGCAUUUGAAUGCAAUGAAUGCUCUCGUAGUUUUAGCACACCACGGCAACUGAAGCAACAUGUAAAGAUUCACAAAGCCCAGAUUGUUUACAGUUGCGACGAAUGUGAUUACAAGUCGUUGCACAAGGUGAAUAUUGGCCUUCACCAGAAACGACAUCAUUGGAAAGAUUACUCGGUGUUCUGUGAGAUUUGUGAGAAGGGAUUCAUAGCACAGGGGGAGCUCAAGGCUCAUCUGAUUUCGCACGAAGUUGCUAGACCAUUUGCGUGUACGACUUGCGGAAAGUCAUUUAAAAGUAAAGACCACGUUAAGGGUCAUGUCAGAACAUUGCAUCCAGAGAUGUGUUCCAGCAACACGGUGAAGAAAUAUUCUUGUGAAAUUUGUGGCCAAAGUUUUUCCCACAAACCGUUGUACUAUAGGCAUAAGCAGGAUGAACACGGUGAAAAAAAUUGUCGGAGAAAGAAGCAGUUGUUCCUCUGUGAUUUGUGUGGCAAGGCGGUAACUAGCCUUGCAAGCAUGCAGGUACACAGAAGAAUUCACACAGGGGAGAAGCCGUUCACAUGUGAAGUGUGCGGAAAAUGUUUUGCAUCUAUGGGUCUGUUGAAAACUCAUAACAUUACCCAUUCCGGGGAAAGGAAACACACCUGCGAUGACUGUGGUAAAACUUUUACACAGAGAUCAACAUUGGUUGUUCACAAACGUUAUCACAGUGGUGAAAGGCCUUAUGUAUGCAUCAAAUGUAACAAAGGAUUUGUGACGCGAACUAUUCUUAAUCUUCAUCUUAAAAGUCGUCGUCAUUAGACGAAAGAAGAUGAUGUACAUUUCAUCGAGGAGUUCGAAUA